AUGUGGUUGUUGAAUUUCGGACAGGCAGUCUGUCUGUUUGUGAUCUUCGGUCUUGUGCUCGGUUUUCCAGGGACCGAAGGACCCCAUGGGGGUAGCUCCGCACACAAGGCUUUGCACAAGCGAUGCCCCUAUGCGAAAGACCAUGAAGCAGAGCAAAAAAACGAGAAACGCUUCCUGUUUGACUUGAUGAAGUCUCCAGUUGACAUCACUGGCGAACACCAAUUCCAGCCGCCUGACUUCGAGAAUGGGGACCAGCGGGGACCUUGCCCCGGUCUAAAUGCUCUCGCGAAUCAUGGGUAUAUUCCUCGGAAUGGAGUAGUAUCAUUCGCGAACGUGAUCGAAGCCAUCAACAAAGUUUAUGGAAUGGGAGUAGACUUGGCCACUGUACUUGCAAUAAUGGGCACUGUCUGGACUGGCAACCCGCUUUCUCUGGACCCCAGCUUCUCCAUCGGCGGUCCCGAUCCAGGCGUUGAGAACCUGCUGGGCAACUUGGGGGGGAUUCUUGGAACCCCGCAAGGACUCAUCGGCUCCCACAAUUUCAUCGAAUCGGAUUCCUCAAACACGCGCGACGACCUUUAUGUCACCGGGAACAACCAUGCAUUGAAUAUGGACAAGUUCAUGGAAUGGUACAACAUGGCUUCUGGAGAUACCUUCGACAUGGACCUGAUGGCAGAGAGAGCCAAGAACCGCUUCGAGGAAACCAUCAAGACAAACCCGAACUUCUAUUACGGUCCCGUUACUGGACUUCUCGCCCGGAACGCUGGCUAUAUCUUCCCCGGGCGCUUGUUCCGCAAUCACUCGCAGGAAAAUCCAGAGGGUACUUUAACCAAGGAGCAUAUUCGAAACUUCUUCGCCAUCUAUGAGGAGAACGGAAACCUUACUUAUCGCGAGGGCUGGGAACGAAUCCCAGAAAACUGGUAUAAAACUCCUGUCGAUUAUGGCCUUGUCCAGCUGAACCUCGAUACCCUUGACUUUAUAGCUAAAUAUCCUGAGCUUGCAAGUGUCGGAGGAAAUAUGGGCGAGGUGAACAGCUUCGCCGGACUUGACCUUGGUAACAUCACAGGUGGCGUGUAUAGUCUCACAAAUCUCCUGGAAGGAAACAAUCUGUUGUGUUUUGUGUUUGAAGUCCUGAAAUUUGCCGGCCCGAACGCUCUUGCCGGAAUCUACAAGACUCUCGCCGGUCCACUGGAUUUCAUCACUGAUGCUCUUGCAGUACCCCUGCUGAACCUAACUUGCCCCGCCUUCCAGGACCUUCAAGCAGGAGGCAAGCCACUCUGGCAAGCCAUCCAGGGUGAUUUCCCUGGUGCCCUGAAGAGUGGCAAUGCCUUUUAA